UAGUCGAGGUGGUCGGUGAUGGUCACCUGUUGACUGACACUCGCGCCUUCCUAUCCGCCCGCCCCCAGUGACAAAAAGACGCGUCUUUUCUCGCGUCAAUCAACCAUGGCGUACCCAUACAUUGAUACGCCGCGCACCGAAAUCGACGGAAACGCGACUUACCUGACCAACGGCAAUCGCAGCGUGGGACGACCGAACCUGACGGCGCUCGACUCGGUGGAAAACUCCUUCCUCACACCGUCCAAGGGUGAUGAUGACGUUCUCAAGGGCUUUGGUGAGGGUCGAAGACGCACUUCUGCGAGUUUCAAGAUCAGCACGCCGCGUGCCGGCUCUGGUCCAAAAUCUUCUCGGAGCGCGUUAAACAGUCGACAUCAGCUUCCCACCGCGGCUAUCCCCAGAGGCGAGUUCACGCCCCUCAUGAAAAGCGCCACCAAGAACAAUUACCUGAAAAACAUGUCCGCCGCGCGAGGUCCGAAGACCCCAGGCUAUGCGGGAAGGAGCUAUCUGAGUAAUGGCAAUACACCUGGCUUGCCCGCUAUGGAGAUGACGGGGAUUGAUGAGGAGGAGACGACCGAUGAUCAGCCUACUCCUAUUCCGCAGGUUGCGAGUAGUAGUGUGCAGAGCACGCCGCUUCCUGGGCUAUCUAGGGACGGUGGUGUCCUCAACGAUGGCAAUAAUAUGAUGACGCUGAAAGAACAGGAAAAAAUGAUCGAUCAAUUGGACAAAGAUAACUUUGGUCUGAAAUUGAAGAUUCAUUUCUUGCAGGAGCAACUCGAAAAGGCCGGCCCCUCGUAUAACCAAGCAGCGCUGAGAGAGAAUACCGAACUGAAAGUCUCCAAAUUAACGAUGCAACGCGAUAUUUCACGAUACAAGAAGAGCCUCCAGCAGGCCGAGCGCGACCUCGAAUCCUACCGCAUACAAUUCCAGGAACUCAGAGAAAAGAAUCGCAGACGGCAACCGGAUGAUACGGUACAACGUGAGAUGGACCUGAUGCGAGAAGAGAUGGAAGCGAGAGACAAUCAAGUGAGAGAGCUCCAGGAGGAACUGCGAGAAGCCAAGGCCGGGCAGUCCCAGGAACUUGACAGACUUCGCGACGAAAUCGAAGAUCUCGAGGCAUCUGUAAGGGACAGGGAUCGGACUAUCGAGGAACGCGAUGAAGAGCUCGAGGAACUGAAGGACCGGGAUGGCAAGGAGCACGAUGCACUCGCUGAGCUGGAAUCAGAAUUGCAACGCGCGAAGGAGCAGAUGGAAGAGCUGCAAGAGUCGCUUGAUCAGGCCAAAUCAAACGCAAAGGAGGCGAGAGAGGCUGAAAGUCAAGCGGAGAGAGAGAAGGAACAGGCUCAGAAAGAUCUCCAGGAGUUGCACGAUGAGAUGGCAAAUAAGUCAAUCAGCACAAGCGGGCUGACUCGUCAGCUGGAGGAGAAAGCCAGCAAGCUCGAGGACGAUCUUCGUGAGAUUCAACGAGAAAACGGCACCUUGAAGAACGAACUGGAAGCAAGAUCCCGGGAUGAAGCUCGACUGAACGAUCAACACCGAGAAACUCAGCAGAGGAUGGAGGAGAGGCAACGAGAGCUUCACGAUGAUGCCGCGCAUACAAGGCGAGAGCUGGACGUGGCUCAGCAGGAAUACGACAAGUUAGCCGCUCAGCUACAAGACGCGCUUGAUGAACUCCAACGCAAGGCAGACGAGAAAGAACUACUGCAAACACGACACCAUGCCCUAACUGACGAAUCCGGGGGCCUGCAACAUGAGUUGUCUAAGGCACAGUCCAAGAUCACGGAGCUACAACAGGCUGUCGAUGAAGAGAAGCGCCGUGCCUUAGAUGGUGCGGAUACUGUUCGUGUUCACUACAAGGAGGAAGUCGAGAGAUUGCAGGAUGAGAUCGAAUCUCUCCACCACGAGAUUGAAGACAAGGAGGGCCAGUUCGCUCUCGAGCAAGACAGAUGGGAGAGCAACAGGCGCGCUUUACAACUCCAGAAGGACAGAGCGGAAGACCAGGCCGCUGGGUUUAAGCGGACGAUCGAGAAGCUUGAACAAGUGGAACAUACUCUGUCAGGAAAGGAGAUGAAGCUGCAGGAGGUUAUCGACAGCGAAAAAACACGGCACUUCAACUCGGAAGCUGUUUUGAGCCGACAAGUCAAGGAGCUGAGCGAUGAUCUAACUACCAAGAGAGAGGUGAUCGACGAACAGCGCAAUGAGCUUCUUUCCGUCAGAGAAGAGCUGAGACUCAUCAGACGGUCAGAAGCAGCGUUGAAAGAGAAAGUACAGGCCUUGGAAGACGAGAUCUUGGUGUUGCAAUCAAGCCUGGAGGAAGAACAGGAAUACACCAAGGGUCGGACACAGAAGGGGUCUUCCGAACAAGACAGUCAGUUGCAAAAGCUCAUCACGGAGAAGCAAAGACUUCGUGACCAGCUUGCCAAUGCCCAUGUCGAAUUGCAUGAUUUACGGACGUCAGCCGCUGAGAUCGAGACCGAGCGUGAUGAACUCCAGGCUCAACUAGACCAAGUGCAGAACCAGGCUGACGACACGACGCGGGUUGACAAGGAAAAGAUCGAGCUGCGAAAAUCUGCCCUGCGCCUCGAAGGUGAACUCAGACGGCUCAAGGAGGACAAAGCGUCCUUGCUUGAGGGUAAGGAGACACUGGAGAAGCAACUUAGCACUGAGAUCGAGCGGGCUACUCUGGAAGAGAAUCGCCUAUCAGCCGAAAUCGACCAGCUUCAAGAUAAGCUGCAUAUGAUUUCUGGUGGUAGAGAUCGGGAGCUGGCGUUGUCGAAGAGCAAGAUCCAGCGCUUCGAACGACGCAUAAAUGAACUCGAGGCUCUUCUUCAGCAGCAGCCGCACAUUGAGAACGAACAUUCAACUUCCGCAGCAGACCUAUCGAUGCUUCGCCAUAGCCUCGAUGAGGCUCGGAGGCGUGAGAAGACGUUGAUUCAGCGCGACGCCGACCAGAAGUCCUCCGUUCGCACCUGCAAGGCACGUAUUGCUGAACUCGAAAAGGAGCUACACGACGCCAUGAUGAGGAAAUAUGAGUCUCGGUCUCCCUCAUCCUCGCCAUCAAACAAACUCCACGAAGAGCUCCGCAGUCUAAGAAAGCAACUGUCGGAUGCGCAUCGAAUGCUCAGGGAAUUGAAGUCAAAGAAUCGCGACCUUGAACGAGCGGCUAUGAGAGAGGAAGAUCAACGAGACCUUCACGAGUUGCUCAAAUCAUCCACCCUCGAGGCAGAAGCCCUGGCCCUCAAGGUAUCAGAGCGAGAUGCCCGGUUGAACGAGCUGAAGAAUCAGAGCCGUCGGAUCCGCGACGAACGUUCAUUCUGUGCCAGGAGAGCCGAAGCGGCUCUCAAGGAGCUUGAAUCUCUCCAAGAACGGUACGACCAGCUCGUGGAGAGAAUGGGGGCCAGGUCAGAUGGCAAUAAGACUAGACACGACAAGGAGAUUCUCGGUCUGGGCAAGGAAAUCAUCUGGCUUCGUGCGCGUCUGAAGCGGGAGGAGAAAUUCCGCCGUGAUCUGGCGUGGAGUAAGGGCUUGAUGGAGCUGGGCGAGCGUGUUCGGGUUGCUUGGUUCGUUAUCCCUGCCAUUCCUCCUACAUCCAUCCACUUCAUCCCCUUUCAAUUAAUCAACGAAGCCGACCUUCGCAUGAUCUCCGAAAUGGGCGUUAAAUCCCGUGAUCGCAACAAGCUCCGAUCCCCCAAGGCGAAGCUCAAGACCGCCGUCUCCAUGGUCAAGGCCAUUGUCCGAAUGAAGCGGAUGUCGCAGGACUGGAAGAAGACCAAGAAAAUAGGCGAAGGUCUGAGACGAGCCAAGAACGAGGUGUUGAAGCGGAGGGACGGUUUGAGUAACAGUAAGACUGUGAUGGAGUAAAUGGCAGAAGAAAGGGCGGCGAGAUCGAUUUGUUGGCUGUUUGUCUCACUUGAUUGGUUUCCUCUCUUCCUCCCUUUCUUUCUUUCGUUCUCCCUUUCUCCCCUCUCUCCCACUUGAAGCCUUUGAAUGACGUUUCCUUUUUUGUUUCUUCUUUUUGGGUUUGUUGAAGAGAUUCCCCGGCGCGUUCGAAUUUGAUUAUGUUUCUGGAGGGGGGUGUGGCGUUUUGUCAUAGGUUUCAGAUGAAUUGUUGGCACAGUACAAAGUUGCUUACCUACUUACCUACCUACCUGUUUCCUACUACUACUUACUUUCCUGUAGCUGAGAUUCUUUGCGCAUAUACUACAACAUCAUUAUUAAAGCCAUGGUUAGGACAUGGCUUUUUUUCUUUGUUUUUUUUUCUUUGUUUUACUUGGAUUGGAUUGGAUUGGAUUGGAU